CACAAGCACUCGUCACCAUGGUAACACCCAAGCAACAGCACGGCCUCUUCUCUCUCUCUGUCUGUCUUUUUAUCUUGGGAGCAAAUGCCUUUGGAACCACAUGAGGGGUCCUCUUUGUCUCUUCUCUGGAUGGACGAGGGUUCUGCAUCAACAAGGUUUGCUUUCUGUUUAGUGAGGAUAAGGUCCACAGGAAUUAAAGAAAUGUAAAGACAGGAUUAUUACACACAAACAAAACCUUUUGGUUAUUUUAUCCCAAUACUGUAGCUGAGAUCUUUGAACAAAAGCAUAGACAGAUAUCCUAAAAGCCCUUCCAUAAUAAGACCUGCUGGAUGUGGGACUCUAACCGGAUCAGAAAAGAGAAAUAGCAUGGAACUUUUGCAGCAUCUUCCCGUCUGUCCAGCCUGCCGUCAAGAAUGCCACACCGUCCUGAUAUUGCCAUGCUCUCACACCAUGUGUAGCAGGUGUGUGGCAGCUGGAGGACCAACAGGAUCGUGCUGCCGUGAAGCUCUGCUCUCUGUCUGCUCCAUUCUAUGCCCCUGCUGUAGACGCUAUGUGGAGCUGCCGUGCUGGAGCUGGGGAUGUGCCACUUCCUGUCUUCCUAAACAUCCUUCCAUAAAGUCUGAGCAUGUCAGCAGACAGAUGGGCUUCUCAGAUGACUCACCUGAAGAUUGCCCUCACCAUGCAAAGGAAGGUGCAGCCCACGCCCGCUCCGAUUUCAAUCCGUUAAAAUCCACAUCUGUGGUGGAUUCUGGAAAACAGUCCUCAUUUGCCAAUUCCGCGGAGACGACACUAGAUGACGCUGUAGAGCUGCAGGAGAAGGAAAUGGAGCAGUCCGUCUUUGGCCUGUUUUUCUCUUUGGACCCUUCAUGUGUGCCUCCAUCCCUCCACCUCUCCAGUUCCUGCCUCACAGUGAGCCACCAUGGAGACAGUCCUCUGCAGAGCCGCACGCGCCUCGGCCAGGUGUGCUCUGAUGUUGUGAUCGCACGCGGACAGUACUACUGGGAGGUGGACGUGUGCAACAGCUCCAUCUACCGGCUCGGGGUCUGCUCAUUGGAUGGUUGUAGCGGCUGGUGGCUGCAAAGGAAUGGCGUGUGUUUCUCUGCGGUGUAUGAUGGAUGUGACGAGCCAGUUCAUUCUGUCCCACCAGGGAUCAAAACCAUAGGAGUCUUCUUCAACCUGGGAGGGGGAAUCCUGAGCUUCCAUAACCCCUAUUAUUACCCCAUCAUGUUACAUGUGCCCCCUCUUUAUGUGCCCUUAUAAGCCCAAUACUGAUGAACCCCAAAAUGAGUCUUCAGAGUCUUUCCAAAGACCAAUCAAUCGGAUAGCUCUUAAAUUUGGAGGUCUGUCAGGUGGAGGUGCCUUCAUUUGAGCGUGCUGGGUGCUCACGGGAUGAAUGAACAUCCUGUGAAAUCUCAGACCUGCUUUUCUGUAGCUUUGAAGAAUGACAUCUGAAACGGUUUGGGUCCUGGAACAGACCAUGUGUGCUGAUCCACAGAUCCUUUUUCUUAUCAGGUUGGUUCUGGAAAAUGACAGGGGAGGAAAUGAGGGGACAUAGUUUGCUCACAUAAAGGGAGGGGGCAGCAGAUUUGACCAGUAUUUGACCAGACAACGUUGAUAUUCAGAGGAUUCUCAAAUCUGUUUGCGGUUUACAGCUUCAACCUGGGACAUCCCUAGGAUUGUGGGUGAUACUGCCAUGUGACAGACUGACAACCUGUCCAAGAUGAACCCUACCUUCACCCAACAGCUGCUGGGAUAGGCCCCAGCAACCCAGUGACCUCAAAAGGGAUUCAGAAGGUUCUGAAGAUGGAUGGAUGGAUGGAUGGAUGGAUGGAACAAAGGAAGCAGCAGAAGGCAGUCAUAGGUUUGGGAGUGAGAGUGGCCUCAGUUUUCUGUGAGCGUCAGUCGUUUCCUGCUUGCCUGAAAUCAGUUAAGCAGCAGGUCAGACUCAGUAAUAAGCAAUGAGUCAAAGAGAAGCUUGUUAGCUAGUCGCCUCUGCAGCCACUCAUCAGGAUGACUGUGUUGAUGUUUACCCGUGGAGGCGUGCAGCAGGCGAGUGAACCAGGCUGUGCAUGAGCCUCCUUUGCUGCAGCUCGCUCUGCAAUUCUCCUCAUUUAUUGGCUUUUUUCAAAUAAAGUGUGUGGAAGCAAUUUGACUCUUGUAAACAGAAAUGAGACUGGAGUGAUGCAGAUUUCAAAGUGCCGACAGAGCAUGCGGGGGCUGUCUGCCAGGAAGGAUGGAUAACCCGUUGUGGCAUGUGUGUUUGGCACCUUCUGCUUGAUGGUUCUUGCUUUCUGAACGUUAACCGUGCUGGUGGAUCCACUUGGGCUUCAGCGAGUGGAAGUACAGCUUCAAACAUUCUGCGUCUCUUUUUCUGUGCCUAUAUUUAGCUGUCAGUAUUACUUUGAGUUUUACAUGUAAAGUCAACAUAUUAUUUCCACAUAAACACACCUUAAUAAAUUCAUUUUUGAAAUGCG